UUAAAAAAUAUUCUUUGCUUUCAGAGAAUUUCCAGUUAUACAUCGGAUACCAACAACACAACAAAUAUUCCUGUAAGUUAUCGUCCAGAUCCUUCGCUUUUAACUCAGUCUGGAGUUAAUCAGAAAAGUUUAAAUAAUCGUAAUGGAAUUGAUGAUAGCUCCGAAAUACAUAUGUUAUCAACCUCACAUGAACAGGUUUAUCAAGAAUUAAGUAAUCGGCAUGCGACCUUACAAUUAAUAAGAAACUCGACCAGAUCUCAUGAUGUGAUUGGGGCACUUCGACAAGCAAUCCAAAUGAAUGGACGGACUGUGUUUGUAGAUCUUUUAGGAGCAAUACUUGAAAAAACGUCAUCAUGGAAUUUGGAUUUAUGUUUAUUAAUUUUACCAGAAAUUUUUGAACUUUUGAAAAGUCAACAUAAAUUUCAUUAUACUAGAGCUUGUGAUACUUUAAGAGUGAUACUUUCCAAUUUCUUGCCAAUAAUACAGGAUAAUAUUGAUCCAUGGGCAGCAAAUAAUUUGGGUGUAGAUGUCUCUCGGGAAGAGCGUCAGCGAAAGUGCAUUGAAUGUCAGCAUUGGCUGCUGCAAAUUCGCAAUUUACCUGAAACCUCACAUUUCGGAACAUCUCUUACACAGCUACAAAGUUUGAUUGUAAACAUUUAAAAACCAUUAUUAAUAUAUAAGUUAAAUUUAAGUUUUCCAACAUUGUAUUACUAAUAUA